AUAUAUAUAUAUAUAUAAACAUUUGCUCACACCAUUUGAAGAAAAGCUCCACUAAACAACAAUGGAGCUUCUCCUCUUCAAGAAACAUGGUAACCUAAACAAAACAAUUAAAAAAAUAGUUGUAAUAACAGCCAUAGCAAUAAUCUUACUCGCCUUUAUCCGUAUCAACAAUCCAAUCCCGCAUAAUCAUUACUCCAAUCCUCCAUUAUCCAACUACCCAGCAGCAGGAUUAGUUAUCCCAUCUCCAAACCAGCAGCUGAUUAAUAUUAAUAUUGCGGCACAGGAUAUAAAGAUAACAGACGUCCGAGAAGAGUGCGAUGUAUUCGCGGGCGAGUGGGUCCCGAAUCCGGAUGCUCCGUAUUACACGAACGACACGUGCUGGGCGAUCCACGAGCACCAGAACUGCAUGAAGUACGGUCGACCCGAUUCGGGUUUCUUGAAGUGGAAGUGGAAACCGGAUGGGUGUGAUUUGGAUGUAUUGAACCCGUUUCAGUUGUUGGAUAUUGUUCGGGGCAGGUCCUUGGCGUUUGUUGGAGAUUCUGUUGGGAGGAACCAGUUGCAGUCCAUGAUUUGCCUCUUGUCCAGGGUAGAGUACCCGAUCGACGUGUCUCCAACAACAGACGAGCACUUCAAACGCUGGAAGUACGUAAAUUACAAUUUCACCCUCGCCUAUUUCUGGUCGCCGUUCCUAAUCCGGUCCGACGAGGGCGACCCGGACGGUCCAACAAAAACCGGUCUACUCAACCUCUACCUCGACGAACCGGACGAGUCAUGGGCGACUCAGAUCGACGAGUUCGACUACGUCAUCCUCAACGCCGGCCACUGGUUCACGCGGCCCGCCAUCUACCACGAGGACCGCCGCCCCGUCGGCUGCCGGUACUGCCAGCUCCCCAACCUCACCGACCUCCCCGCCACCUACGCCUACCGCCGCGUCUUCCGGACGGCGCUCAGAUCCAUCGCCGAGCGCGUGAGAUUCAACGGCGUCGCGAUCGUGCGCACGUACGCGCCGUCGCACUUCGAGGGCGGGCUCUGGGACGCCGGCGGGAACUGCGUGCGGCAGCGGCCGUACCGGAGGAACGAGACGGAGCUGGAGGGUUCAGAUCUAGGCAUGUACGAGGCGCAAUUGGAGGAAUUUAUGGCGGCGGCGGCGGGGGCAAAGAAGAGAUUCCGGUUGAUGGACACGACGGCGGCGAUGCAGCUGAGACCCGACGGGCACCCGAGUAGAUACGGGCAUUGGCCGGAGGAGAAAGUGGGUUUGUAUAAUGAUUGUGUGCAUUGGUGUUUGCCUGGGCCCAUUGAUACUUGGGCCGAUUUUUUGCAGCAUAUGAUAAAAAUGGAGGCCCGGAUUUCAUAUAUGGAGAGAAAGAAUAUUAAAAUGCAUUAAAUUCAUUUACUCCGGAUUUCAUAUAUGGAGUUUUUUAAUUUUAUCCUUGAAUAGUUGUAAUUUCAUAUAUAUGAAAAAUCGGACUGAUCGGAUAAGAAUUUAAUGAAUAGGAAAUUAGAUUGUCUGACGCUUUCGAAGGAUGCGUUCAGAAUCUAUAUUUGUUUGCUGAGGCCUCGUUUGGUCUAUAAUGAAAGUAAGAUUACAUAGUUUUGUGAG